AUGGCAUUUCUUCAGAUUGUCACGACCAGCGUUGUCGUGACCCUUCUUUGGGUGGUGACCGAGUCAAUCCGCCGUCUUUUCUUUCACCCUCUAGCCCACAUUCCAGGUCCCCGCCUCGCCGCUCUGACCUGGUGGUACGAGUUCUACUACGAUGUCGUUCUUCCGGGCAAAUAUAUUUUUAAGAUCCAAGAACUGCACCGUGAAUAUGGACCCAUUCUCCGUAUUACCCCAGACGAAAUUCACACCAACGACGUUGGCUUCUUGGACACAGUCUAUGCUGGUUUGAAAGAUAAGUACGAGUACCCAUUACGGGCCCUGCGAGUGCCUGGAGGAGUAGGCACCACAGCAGAUGCCAAGCUCCACAAGUUGCGCCGCGAAGCUCUCGUGCCCUUCUUCAGCAAACGCAACGUUCUAUCCCUACAGCAUUUGGUCACAGAAAAGGUCGACCAGCUAUCUGAGCUUAUCGCGAAGCACGCGAGAGAAAAGUCGCAAGCCAAUCUAUCAGACCUCUUUUUUGCAUUCUCCAACGAUGUCGUGACCAACUUUUUGUUUGCGCACAAAAUGAACAGCUUGGCAGAUGAGGAACAGGCAGGUAUAUCUCGGAAUAACAGCAGGCAACUCCUCUUGGGAGUCCAUAUUAAUAAACAUUUCCCCUGGAUCCCGGACUUCCUUGAGGCACUUCCGACCUCCAUCAGCAGGCCCUUGAUGCCCCCGGGUCUCAUUGACAUGUUCAACCUGUUUGAUAGAGUUCGCGGAGAAAUUUCUGGUAUCAUGAAAGCACAGUCAUCUGGGGCUGAUAGAAAAAGCGGGCGAAGUACGACCGAAAAAGAAGCCGUCUAUGAGUCUCUCCUGGUCAAUGAGUCUCUUCCGCCCCAAGAAAGGACCUUGACCCGGUUGGAGCAAGAAGGCGCCCUCCUCGCCCUGGCUGGAACCGAGUCCCCAGCCCUAUCCCUCAGCAUAGCUUUCUACCACCUGCUUGCCAACCCAUCGAUUCUGAAUAGGCUUCGCGCUGAGCUCGAAACAGUGCCGGUUGACGCCUCAUGGCCCCAACUAGAAAAACUCUCUUACCUCAUGGCAGUCAUUGAAGAAGGAAACCGUCUUUCAUUUGGUGUGACAGCACGCAUUGGCCGCCGUGCACAUGAGGAGCUAAUCUACACUCCCUCGCCUUAUGCUACCACUCCUGGUACCGGAAAAUCCUACAAAAUUCCUGCACGUACGCCAUUGAGCAUCUCCACGCUUAGCGCACAUACCGCACAAUCCGUCUUUCCGGACCCAUUUACCUUCGACCCUGAACGCUGGCUAGGUGAGGCUGGUCGGGAGCGCAAGCGGUUCCAAAUGGCGUUUACCAAAGGAAGCCGUAAAUGUCUGGGAAUCGAACUUGCCAAUGCCGAGCUCAGCUUGGUGAUUGCGGUUUUAGUUCGCUCAUAUGAUAUGGUCCUUUAUGAGACAGAUGCCAGAGAUGUCUCCUUCGAGCAUGACUAUCAGAUCGCGAUGCCGAAGAUAGGAUCUAAAGCGGUCGGCAAAUGCGAUGCAUCGUCACUGCCGCUGCCUUCGUCUGGUGAGUGCUAUGGAGUAGAUGUGUCAAGUUGGCAGAGGUUCGGAUGGGAGAUGCUGCGCUGCCGCGCCAAUUUUGGAGGAUUCUCUUUCACCAGAGCCGAGUGCACUGUCGCAGCGCCCUUCUAUUUCCAGCCAGGACGUCUGUCCGGCUUCGGCCCUUUUCAGGAUGGCGGGGUACGCGCGAACGGCCCGCUUGCCAUCAUAGCGUUGAGGGAGUCGGGCAUCAUUUGGCCGCGUGCGAAACGACAUGAUCUACUUUUGUCGGUUGGCACCGGGUUCACCGCGCCUGCUCUCGAUCAUGGCCUGCGACACAAGGCCUGGGAUAGUGCUCUCCCUCGCCUCUUCCGCGCCACAAUGUCAUCGGCCUCUAUGGACGGACAACAGGGGCUUUUUGAAGCACUGAUUUACCUGCCGCACUGGUCGAAGCCGGAUGUCCUUCGACUCGAUCAGGCCAUUCCCAGUCCGCUCCCCGAACUGGACGACAUCAGCGUAUUGCAAGAGUAA